GGGUCGUUGGGCUGCACUUUGUCUGGUCCCUCACCUAGGACCUGUCUGCCUUGGGUGACCUUACCAGGGGCAUAAAGCCCCAGACAGCAGAGCUCCCAGGAUCACUGGGGCACUCAAACCCCUCCACCACGAUAAGGAGGCAGACCAAGGGUAGGUUCAAAAUAAAAGCAUGAAUAUAAACAUGUAACUACUUAUUCUUAACAGACUAUAACCAACACAGAUGUUACAUUUCAUUCAACUGAAGGUUUACAUAAUAACAAAGUAAGUUAAUGCUUUAGAGUUAAUGUGGAAAAUUUUAUUUAGGGGGAUCAAGUCUGCUAAAGGUUUUCAAAGUUAGCUUUAGUGCCAAGCUAAAAAUUUCCUCAACUAAAAACAGAUUAGUAGAAUUAUGGCCACAACUGCUAAUUAUGACAUAAAAGAAUUUAAAUUUAACUCAGAAGCUAUAGUUUCAUUUAGUUGGAGAUUUUGAAGAGUCUGUGACUUUUUGCUUAGUGAUGGAUAUUUCAUCUUUCAGUACAUUGAGUCAGCCAAACCAGACGGAAACUGUGAUACUAUCACAAGAUGAUAAACAUGUGAAAAAAUAUGUGUUAAGAAAAACUGUGAAGGUAGAAAUGAAUUUAGUCCAAGGGAGCAAUUAGUUAUAGUUUCUAUCCCAAAAAAACCUGGUGACUUAUUAAAAAUGCACCACAGAAGCCCGACCCGACUAUCAAACAGGUAACUUUGACCCAACCGGGCUCUGAUUUUGGGUCAGAACCUCAGAGGUCCAGCUAAUGUUUUGGAUUUUCAUGUCUCUUCAUUCAUUGUUUUGCUGCAGCAACAUAAAGGGGCUGGUAGUGUUUAAUAUUCUAAAUAAAAUAUGUUUUGAGUUAAAUGGGCCUAAAUUAUCUCAGCACUUUGAAAUAAACAACUUUUUCCAGCUGAAGAUCUAAAGUUUAGAUGUGCCCAGAAAAACCUCAUUAUGUCGCAACAAAGCUGAUAAUGUUGCUGAACUUCAAUCCAGAUUAGCAUCACUCAGCUUUCUCACGCCAGCACACAGAGGCUGAACUAUAUGUACUUGGAAAUAAUUACAAAAUAAGGUAAAAAUAUUGUUCGUUAGAAUGGAUAACAUUUUUUUAGAUACAUAAAUAGCACAUUUUUACAAGAAAAAUGUCAGAGACUAUUGCCUUUAGCAUAAGCUAAAGUUAAUGUUAGUCAAAGUAAAACUCACCUUUGUAUCUGUGAAUGUAUAACGAGGCGUACAUCUUAAAAACUUUUCUCCAGCUUACUUGUUGGGGCUUCGGAUCGAUGUGCAUCAUUCAUUGUUACCUUGGCCAGGCCCUGCAAGCACCGAGUGUAAAAUGUCAUUUUCAAUAAACCGUAAACGACGGAGCCGCUUUUCCCCGAAUGCAAAAGCCGACAUGCAAAGAGCUCAUAACUCCGCUAACGCUAAAGUGCUACACUGACAUUGUAUUUAGUGGAAGGUAGUGGAAGCUCUAAUUUAAUGAGUUUUUCAUCUGAUUGUUAGAACGAUUUUUGUCCUUUAAAGGUUUUAUUUGUCUCAUAUAAUACGUUUUCUCAUUUUAACAAGUUUUGUAUCUCCUGACUUUUCUCAUUUAAAUACUUUCUCAUCUCGUUAGUACAGUUUUUCUCACUUUAGUGAGUUUUUUUCAUAUUUUAGCAAGCAUUUCAUCUUGUUAUUAAAUAACUUCUUGUUUUUUAAUAUUUUAACGAGCAUUUCAUCUCGGUAUUAAGUAACUUCUUGUUUUAAUGAUAUUUUUCACAUGUAACAUGUUUUCCCAUUUAACAAGUUUCUCAUCUGGUCAUAAUGAGUUUUCUUGUUUUAACAAUUUUUGUACAUCGUUGUAUUGAGAUCCUAAAGCUAUUUCCAAACUCUGUCUGUUAAGCGUUUCCUUAGACUCUCAUGUGAGCAUUUCUCCCUGAUUAUCCAAACUGAGAUCAAUAUGGCCGCUGUCCUCUACAAGUAAGAUACUGACUGCUCAUUGGUACUUAACAGAACUCAGUUUCCAUCAGCAGUGUGUGUUUGCGUUGUUCUGAAUGUUGUGAUGAUUAUUCUGUGUUUUCUGCUCCUCAGUCCAGCCGCCUGGUGGACAGUCGAGGCCUGAGCUGCAGCACACAGAGCCUGAACAGACGGGGAUCGCUCGGUGGGACCAGCUAGCACAAAAAUAACACAAAUCAUUUAAAUAGGAGAAAAACUGAUGGAUUGUUUGAAAACUGGGCUCAAAAAUGCUGCUGUGAAUCAGCAUCAGGAGGAUUUCCCACCAUGAGUCUCCAAAAGAUGGUGGCUGCAACCUGGGGGUCAAAAGUUGAAUUUGACUGUAGGAGAGUUAUCUUGACUAGCAACAAGCUGAUAAUGUUGCUGAAGUUUCAAUCCAGAUUAGCAUCACUCAGCUUUCUCACGCCAACACACAGAGGCUGAACAUCCAGAUUAAUGUUUAGAUUUCUCUCUCUGCCUCCAUGAAGCCUUUCUGCUCUGAUGAUUAAAAACUUAAAUUAAAAUGAAAUGACAGAAAAAUGUUUUAGGAAAAAAAAUCUGUUUAAAUGUUUCAUAUUUGUAAUCUGAAGAUGUUCCAUCAAUCCUCCUGGAGGACAAACUGACCACUUCUCCUUCCUCUGCUUCUUUCUCCCACUGCUCUCCAUCCAUGAAUGUCUGCAGUUUUUGCUGACAUUAAGUUUAUUUUCUCUCUCUGUUUCUUCUCUUCAUAGCAGCUACACCUGGGCUCAUCUCUGUUUAGCUGUGACCCCUUCCUGGAGGGAAGCUGAGCUUCUGCUGCCAACAACAUCAGGUUCCCCUUCAGUGGAUCACACACCUGGAUCCACUCCGGCCACAUGCAGAACAAAGACUGAACUAAACACAGGAACAACAGACACUGGUGAAACCUGUGAGUCCCAGUAGGCCCAGUAUGAACCCAUCUUCAUUAUCGGAUCAUAGGAAGGAGGCGUUGUCUCUGAAAGCAGCCAAAGAGCUGAACUGUGACGUUCAGGAAGUGGCAGAUAAAAAAGGUUAAAGUAGGAAGUCUUCAGAGUCUGGAGCCUCAUCCUGAUCACAUCAAGAGACGAAGCUUCACUCCACAUCCAGAGGAAACAUGGACCAAACAGCUCUGAUGCUGCUUCUGUGUCUCUGCAGCUCAGCUCUGAAGGAUGGAGAAACUGUGGGAACCUUCAGAGAAGAGGAAGGAGGAAACAUCAACGUUAGAUGUGAAUUUCGUUACUCAGGAACCAAAAGGUUCCUCUGUAAGAAAACUUGUGAAGGAAAAAAUAUUCUCAUUGAAACAACUAAAGAGAGAGAUGGGAGAGGAAGAUUCAGCAUCAGAUAUGAAAAAAGAGCAACUUCAAGAUCUGAUCUUCUACAUGUGAACAUCACUGACCUGAAACCAUCAGACUCUGGACGGUACUGGUGUCGCUCAGAUGGAACCUUUGCUGGAACUUUAUACGAUCAUUUUGAUCUUGUUGUGACUGAAGAUUCUUCAAAACCAAAAUGGACUCCAAGAACUUUUCCAGGAUCAACUUUUCUCCCUACAUCAACUCAGAGUUUCUCUCCAUCUGAAACCAUCAAACUCUCUGAGAAACCAGCUGCAGCUUCAGGUCAGCAGCUUUAUCUGAUUCUGUCUAAUGUCGUCAAGAUCGUCUUGUUAGCAACACCUCUGGUGAUUUUCUGCUGGAAGAGGAGAACCAUGAAAAGUAAAGAUUCUGCUGUGGAAACUGAGAACGCAGGUGAAAUAUUUACAAUUUAUUCCUUAACUGAAACAAUCACAGCUCAAAGUUCAGAUGAAGAACAUUUAGUCUCAAGUUUUCACAAUUAAACAAUCAGAAAUCAAACAUAUUACACAGUUUCAUAGAGAAGCUAAAUGUUGAAAUAAGUUUUAUUACUGAAAAUAGUUUCUCUAUUCAGUGUUACAUAAGUUGUUUGAAAGAUGAUCUGAUUAAUGUGCUGUGACCGUUUUAAUGUUUAUUUUUAACAUGUUUUAAAUAUGCAAAUGUUUUCAUGUUCUCCGUUUAUAUUUUUGCCUCUUUGGUUUGAUUUAUUGUGCCCAUGUGAUAUAUAUUGGUUCUUUAUGACGACGUUUCUCUGCUUGUUUCUUUUUCUCUGUUUUAAAUUUGCUUUUGAACAAGUUUAGCAAUGAAACAAAUAAAUGUUUUUAUUAUUAUUCAACAGGAAUGUUUUUCUGACUGUGGUUGAAAAAGUUGUCAUUUAUUUAAAGUGUUUAAAUAAAUUUAUUUUGUGAGGUAUUUUUCAGUGUAUUGUUUAUAUAAUAUUGUAUAAUAUUUUUUUUUAUUUCAGACAAACUUUCACCAUUAAAACAUAAUAACAAUAAAGACUUUUAUGUUUCUAAGUGUGAA